GUCAAUGUCUAUUUUAAGUUGAAUGCGUGAUCUUGUGUGAGUUUCGUGAACUGCUGUAUUUACUUGUUUCUAUUUUUCAAUUCUUAUCUUUUUAAUAUUUCCGAGAUUUCAAUGAGACGUUGUUGAUGAUCAGUAGCAAUAAUAAUAGUACAGUUUAAGACAAGUACUGUGUCUAGUUUAAUAAAUACUAGUUUUAUACGCGCUGCUGCCUUUCGAACAAAUAACCUUAUAUUCUUUGAACAUAUCAGCACUUUUCUUCAAUAACAUUUGAUAUGGAAUGAUCUGAACAGAUAAAUUUUUAAUAUGAAGAAGCAGUUUUUUCGAGUUAAGCAAUUAGCUGACCAAACAUUCCUCAAAGCCGAAAAAAGUGAAAUAUUCAACCAUGAAGAAUUACAAAUUGCCGAUCAGAAAGUGGAGUUUCUGCGGGGUGCACUCAGUGCAAUUACAAAAAAGAUUGCUCCUAAUGGUCCCACCAUAGACAUUGAAAAGCUUUUAAAAAAGACUGUCGAGUACCAACUAGGGACAACUUUUAUGGAAGAAUCGAAACUAUCUCGAGAAUGUCCAUUAUUUCAAAUCAUUUUAAGAGAAUGUGGACAGGUCGAACAACAAUUAGCAAGAGAAUAUGCUGAUCAUGAACUAAAAGUUGAAGAGUUAGUUUAUGCACCUCUACAGAAUGUAUUAGAAAACGAUUUCCCUAAUAUUCUCAAGCACAAACAUAAUUUAAGAAAAUACUGUUUGGAUAAAGACUCUGCUAGUAAUAGAUAUCAGGCAUCUGGAAAAGAGACUUUAAGGGAGGACAUGGAAGAAGCAGACACUAAAGUGGAACAAAGUCGUGAUGCAUUAGCAAGUGAAAUGUUUAGUGUGCUGGCAAAGGAAAAUGAAAUUUCGGAAUAUAUCUUACAGUUAUUAAAAGUACAGAGGAGUUAUCAUGAAAGUGCACUCAAGAAUUUACAGGCUUUGAUUCCUCAACUAGAAAAAAGAAUAGGUGAUAGCCCUGUGAGAAGAGUAUUUGGUACAUCUUUGAAAGAACACCUGCGCAUUACUAAUAAACGAUUAGCAUACCCAUUAGAAAUUUGCAUCUCUGCUCUUACUGAAUACGGUAUGUCUGAAGAGGGAUUAUUUAGGGUUGCAGCCAGCACAUCAAAAGUAAAAAGACUGAAGGCUUCUAUAGAUUCAGGAUGUUUUUCCGUCCUCAUACCAGAAUACAGGGACGUUCAUAUUUUAGCUAGUUUGCUGAAGUUAUAUUUGAGAGAAUUACCUGAACCUUUGUUGACCUAUCAUCUGCACAAAGAAUGGUUGGACGCUGUACAGGUACCAGAAAUUUAUCGUUUAGAAGUAGUAAAAGAGAUAGUAGCGAAACUACCACAAGAAAACAAAGACAAUCUAGCAUACUUAUUUCAAUUCUUGUCGAAAUUGGCGAAACAUCCAGAAAAUAAAAUGACAGCUUCGAAUAUAGCAAUAGUUUUGUCUCCCAAUUUACUUUGGAACAAACAUGAAAAUUUAAAUGUUAAUAUUGGCAAUUGUGUUACUGUCAAUAUUCUAGUCGAACUUUUGAUUAAAGAAAGUGAUCAGCUAUUUCCUGAUGACGCCAGUAAAUAUGUUAGUUUGAUGGAAAUAUUUCAAGAAGAAGACAAUAAUUUUAAGGCUAGUAAUUCUAAUUUGGAUAGCAGUUGGAUGGACAGCCCGAAACCAAAUCAGAGAAAGAAAAAGUCUGCACCUGUCCCUCCGAUUGCCAACAGUAAAACUGUAGACGGUUCCUCCAAAUUGAUACCAGCUUCGCCAAAAAAUAUUUCAAAACAUGAAGAUGUACACAUAUCUGCACCACAAUUAAACUCAGCACCACCUACACAAGUUACAAAAACGGAAGAAUCUUUUCAAAAAGCACCGGUAUCUCAAAAUAAUUUGAAAGAAACUAAACCAGAAGCGGCCCCUAGAACAUUACUAGUGAAGACUACAUAUCCAAGCACCUUACCUAGACCUAAUGAUGCACAUAAGAAAGUAACGAGCACAAAAGACAGUAUAAGUCAAACCACACAGAAAUCUGAUAGAGGUACUAUGACUGAAGGUACCAAUCAUUCUUCAAAUAAAGCUGUUGACCAUAAGUAUACAUCUAGCAUCUACCACAAGGUAAAUCCAACUGUGAUACCCGAUAACAAAUUCGAAGAUACCGAUGAAGUUCAAAUUAGAAGAUCAGAAUUAACUGCGAAACCCGAAAUCCCAGCGCGCCCGUCAUCACUUCGAACAACCGCCCAAUGUUCUGUCUAUAAUGUUGCCAAUAAACAACAACCCGCUUACAUUAAUAUACAAGGCAAGAUGGAUAUUUUUCAGCCAGGUCAUGACAACAAAAUAGCCGACAAAGAAAGGUUUCUGGGCCACAAACCAGAAAACAGGGAUUCUAACCACAACAGUGAUAAUGAUUCGAGAAUGAACUCGGAUAAUUCUAGGAAUAGCCUGGAAAUUCAUAAAAAUGAAAUGGUGAAAUCAGUCAACAGCAUAGAAAAGACCAGUGAUAAUUGUGAUAUGAAUAACGCCAAUCAAAAUAUACAGAAGUCUAGUCACACUAGAGCCAGAUCCGAUGGUGGAGUAAUCGAUUUGAAUAGAAGCGUCUGCUUAGGCACACAGGGUAGGAAUUUAAGUAAACCGACGCAGCCUCCUCCUCCCCCACCAGAUUUAGUGGGAUAGAGAAAUUUAAAAGAGGUGAAGCAUAUCGUUUAUCACCAGGAUGCGUCCGAUGAUAAUAUGUGAAAUUUCAUGCAAUCAAUAUUUAUGGAUUUAAAUAUUAAAUUUUUAUAAUAUAUUGGAUAAAUCACGAUUUGAAAGCAAGUGAAGAUGAUAAACAGUGAGUUGUUUAAACACAAGUCGUUUUUAUAUUAUAAACGACAAUCUUUAUUUAUGUAUUAUAUAAAUCAAAAGAUAAUUCUAUAAUAUAGUCUAAGAGAGACAUCCAGAAGAAAAAUUUCUCAGAGAGCAAAAACUAAAUUUUGUUUUGUAAGGUUACCAAACCACCACAUAGCUUCUGUGCACAUAAAUUCAGUAUUCAACAGAUUUUUAAGAAAUUAUCCAAUUUAUUCCCAAAAAAGUUGGGUAAUUCUACUCAAUACCUUGUUUAUUACUACUACACCGAGAUUUACAAUUAUGCUCUUUGAUGCGCGUUUCGAUAAGUUAUCAUCUUGUAAGAUCAAAGAUAACUAUUGGUGUAGAAGUACUGAACACUGCGUUAAUCCUAUGGUGCGGAAUAUUUUCUAGUGAACUGAAAAAUAUAUUUUCUGGUGCUUUAUCGAGCGUAUUAACUACCAAAAAUAGUAAAAAAAUUCUAGGCUUAUUAGAAAAACGUAUUUUAUAAAAAAAUAAGUUUUACCAGAUAUGAUACAUAACGAAUACAAACAAAAAAGUAAUAGCACACAUAUAAAACUAAGUAUUGUGAAACUUCUGGAAGCAAUUAUUGAGACAAAAAUGUGAUCCGCAUUUGGAACAUUGUUAUAAGAAAAAGAAGUACAUUUGGGAUGCUUGCAUUUCUGCCUUUCCUUUCUGUACAAUGGCCAAUGUGAUUGGCCAUCCAGCAUUACGUCUUAUGGAGGAAUGUGGAAUGUUGUUGAUGACCUUUUCUUUUUUUUCCUGUAUUUCUUUUUUAAGAUCUGAUGGCCUACCUCUUUUCACUAUACAGUUAAAAUUGACAUUACACAAACAAUAUGCAGUCUCAGCUCUAAAAUCUGCAAGUUUCAUAUAGUUUUGAACUCCUUUUUGUGCAAAGUAUCUUCGGUAAAGCAGCCAGGAAUUUACAACUGUCAUGUCAAGAAGAUGGUAGAACAACCUCAUAUACCACUUUUUGUUUUGAUUUUAUAACGACCAAUGUGGCUAUAUAUAAUAUUAAUACCCCCAUAAGGAGGUUAUAGCCUUGAACUACACUUCACAAUGUUGCUUUGCUCUUCUGUCAUACCGACCAAUUUUUCCUUUUGGUAACUCUCCAGAAUAAGUUGCUAGCAAACAAACACUUUUGUUAUCUUACCAGGAAAUGGAUAUUUCCACACCUUCAAGAUCACAAAGAUAUUCAACAGAUGUCCCACGAUCCAUUUUUUGCAGCCUCAUCCGAAGAUAAUUUGCAGUAAUACGAUUACGUCUAACAGUACCCAGCGAGUAUAUUCCUCGCGUAGCGAGAUAGUGUAGUAAAGGCAAAGACGUGUGGUUGUCAAAGUAGAUAACAAAGUUCUGAGCUUGUGGGACAAUUUUGGUCAACCUAACGACCACGUUUGAACUUGCACCUAGAUCAGGUUCUUCUAAACUACGAUGUUUUUUGUUAUUUUCUAUACCAAUAUAAAUUUCAAAUUUUUAUGAAUAUCCAGUAGUUCCACAUUAAAUAAAAAGUUUGUAGCGCCAUAUGUGGCGUUUAGCAGGCAUAUAUCGUUUCAUAUAAUAUCUGGCUUUAAAAGCCCACAUCCGUUCAUCCACUGAAAGUUUUUUUUCUAAUAGAAUGCUAACAAAUUUUUUAUUCAGAUCCAAAUUAACAUUGUCAUUGAAAUGCAUGCAUUUUCUGUAAACUAGAAUCGUUUCUCGCUCAUGAUAUUUUUUAUUUGAGGAUAACCCAAGGAAUUAGAUCAAUAACUUCAACAAUUAAGUAUUUGAACUAAAGACAUAUAUAUACAAAUGCCCAAGUAUUGGUUUAUAUCGAUUUCAUUCAGGCCAGAAGGUUUGCUUGGAUUUUUUUCAGUAGCAUAACUAUUGGAUUCAUACACAAUUUUCUGAAUUAGUUCAUAAAAAAGAUGCUUGAAAAAAGCAUAAUGUGUAGACAAAUCAAGUAUGUACUUGAAAGGGUGGUGUCUCCCUUAAAUGCAUUUGUAGUUUCAUCCAUAUUCUUGCACUGUACAAUAACUGACUCUAUACUAGCAAUAUUAUUAUAUAUUUCUAUAUAAAUAUCAUCAAUGUCCAAGUCAUUGACAUUUUACUCCCGUAUUUCACUUUUCAGACAUGCUUCAUACUCACUGACAUCCAAAUCGUCGUCACUGUUCCAAAAAUUCGCUGCAGUGUAAUUCACGUUCAGAUAAUGGUUUCUUAUGGUCCAUCUUAACCCUGCAACAAACGCUAUGUUGCAGAUCUAAUACAACCAAAAAAAUGACGCAAUUUAUAAAAAAUUAUCAAUCCAGGAAAUCAAUCGAAUAUAACACGUUUAUUUUACUCACCAUCUAGUUAUAAUUUAACCACCAUUAACAAAAAAAUAAAACAAUAACUAACAAAAAACAAGAAAAAUUGAAGGAAGUCACAUUCACUUAUCCACAUGCAUGUGUGGGCAGCAACAAAGUAAUGAAUAUUACGCGCCAACAAAAGCCGCGCGCGUAUAAUAUUUUUAUGGUGUCGUACUAAAGGUUAUAUCAAACCUGCUACAGAGCGCAUCAACGAGUUUAUAUUGUUCAGACACAAAUUAGGUUAUAUAAAAGAAUGGUGCAUCAGAUUUGCUACAAUGCGCACUAUAGGGUUAAAUAUGAAUAUCGCAAACUUCUUCAAAAUUCAGCUCAACUGUUAUUCUACCUCUUUUUAGAAAUACUUGGUUCUCAUCUUUAAUAUAAAUCAUCUAAGUUGAUUAAUAAAAGCAAUCAUCAGAAGACAAUAAUAUUAUCAUCUUGACAAAUAUUGAUCAAUGCUUUGUUACAAUGUUGGAAAGCAAAUUUUUUUUUUGCUAAAAAUGAUUAAUCUAGACAAUAAAUUUGAAUGCAACUUUGGGUUGAAUUAUGAAUGAGUAAAUUUUUUAUUAAACUUUUUUAAAGUAUUCGUUAUAUUUCUAUUUAAACCAUAUAGUUUUCUACUCUAAUAGUUUCAUAUUCAUCUUACAGACAAUUCUGACAAUAUUUUUUCCUAAAUUAUUUUGUUUAAUAAUAAUUUGUUGUAGAAUAAAAUUCAUUGAUCUAAUAUAAGAAAGGACAUCAUUUUUGGAACUAUUUACAAUAAAACCUGAAUUUGUUUCCAAAUUGUAAGCUUUAGACUCAUUUUGUUAUAUUUAAAUCCAUAAAAAAAGGAUAUAAAAUUUGUUUAACUGUUUUUAUCUUAUCAAAAUAUUUUCAAGUUAACUGUUAAUGGAAUGUAGCUAAAUAAAUUAAAUGAUAGAUCUUUAAGAAAAAUAUUUGGAGAAAUGAUAGAAUAAUUAAGAUACUGAGGAAUUUGUAAUUGUGAAUGACCACAUUUUGAUUCUAAAUUUGUUUUAAUAUACAUAAUCUCAUUACUAUUUUACAGAAUAUUCCCAGCUUUAUUGACUAUUUCCUUUUUAAGAGUUCAUACAAUUGGUAUAACCAAUAAAUGCGUUUCAUAUCAUUGAAUGGAUUCAAUGUAAAAUUGUUAUCUAUUUAAUCAUAAAUCAUAUUCCAAAGUCCGUUUUUCAGCCUAGCCUCCCUCUUUUUUGGUGAUAAUUAAGGCUUCUGAAAUUUCAUAUCAAAUGUCACUUCUUGUCGGAGGUCUUUAAUACAUAACCCAAGCAACAAAAUAUGUUUGACAAAUAAUGGUCCACUGACCACCUUCCAUAUAUGUUUCCCAGGCCGUAUCGGCCGAGUGUACUAAGGCCAACUGUAUUUCCCGAAACGGUUGCUUAGCAGUCAGUCGAAACCACGUCUACAUUAGCCUUUAAUUGGCUCUUAAGAAUUACUGUAUGCUAGGCCUGCGCUGAAAAUUCAUUUUUUCAACAUUUAAAUAUUUUGUCGGGACCCCGAGCCCCCUAUUAUUUCGAAUUGGUGAAUUAACCCACAUUUCUCCUACUUUAAAAUGACGCUCUACUGUAGACGGUCAUAAAUGCUAAGCGGUCAGAACGCGAACAUGACGCGCUCUAGACAGUCAUAAAUGUUAAGCAGUGUACAGAACGCGAAAAUGACGCGCUUUAGACGUUCAAAAAUGUUAAGCGGUAAAAAAAUGAACGCGAACAAGAUGCGUUCUAGUCGUUUAUAAAUGUCAAAGAUAAUUCAACUUGUUGAGAAACUUCGAUAACGCACACAAUGAUCGCUCUUGUACGCGCUCGAUAACCUCACUUUUCUAGUGUAGUUUGUAGUUGCACAUACCCUGACAUAUGACUUCUAUGAGUAAAGAGCUGAUAGAAUUUGUACGUGCUCAUGAGUAUUUAUAUAACAAACAGUCGGCUGGAUACAGGAAAACUAAAAUUUGGUAGAAUAAAGGGAAUCAUUUUCCCCCUUGAAAAUUCCAUGCCAAACUAAUGAUUAACUUUUUGAUCUAAUCGACAAUCAGGUUUUCUUAUUAAAUAUUUUGUUAAGCAUCUGCUCAAUAAGUUUAAAAGAUGAUCAUAUAAACAUUGAUUCAUUCUUCUAUGUUUAAAAAAUUUAUUUCAUUUAAAAGUAUUUUGAAGUAAAGUAACUAUAUAUCUAUUCAAAUUGAGGGAUCUCACCCACCAACACCGUGUCAAAUGAAGUUUUGUAUAUAUUUCUCUAUAUAUUGCAUAAAGUAAAGUUAAUAUAUAUUAUAAAUAAUUCCAAACCGUUGAUCACUGUUGAAAUUUCUUUAUGUACAUGCACUUUUAAAGUUGUUCACGAGCAAACCAGCGAUAUUUUCGGGUUCAUUCCGUGCAGCUUUAAAAAUAAUAAUAAGUACAUAUUCUAAUAUGUAAUAGUAACCGAAAAAUAUUGAAGUUAGGCGCUUUUCAAAAUAAACGACUCAUUUGCAGUUGUUCUGUUUUGUAUAUUAUUCACACUAAUUGAUCUGCAAUCGCAGAUAAUAAUAACUUAUAUUAUUCCAAUAUAAUUUAUUGUGUCCUGAUUAAAUACAUGAAUUAACCAAAAUUCCGUCGUGUAAGUUCUUCUAGAACGGUCGAAAUUGUAGAGUAUUACUUGGUUUGUUCGUGACGAACCUGUCGCUUUGAAUGUGCGUUGAUCAUCAUUAUUUCUCAUUUCAUACAAAGAUCUGGGCUUGCAUCCUUACUCGAAACUCUCAGAUUUAUUGUAAUAGGUUCAGUUUGUUGCAUUAGUUAUUAUUGUACAAUUGGUUAAUAGACAAUAAUAUACACAUUUACAAAUUUCUCAAAUAUCUAUUGUUGAUAAUUAAAAAUGUUUAAUACAGAAAAAAUGCAUUUAUAUUUCAUUAGUUAUGUUUCACUGCAUUUCUGUACUGGUAUAAUAUAAUGAACAGGCUUCUUUUUGCUUGAAAAAUUAAUUUAUUUCUUGAUCUUUGAGGCUGCUUUAAAAGUAUAUAUCAAUUUUUCUUUCUGGGAUAGCUAAUAUAGGAAUUGUCGUGAUAGGAUUAUAGAUGGAGUUUACGAAAUAGAUUGAAGGGUUAAUUUCUUGAUUUUAAAAAAUAUUUACAUUUGUAAAGUCAAAUUCUAUUAGCUGAAAUAUAUUUUCAGUUGCCUAUAUGAUCAAGAAACUAUAAAAUAUGGACGAAUCGAUUAAACGAAGCUUAUUUAGACUUUAUUAUUUUUUGUUAUAUUAUGCCCUAAUGGUUUUCAUAGAAAAAUUUAUUUGUGUAUCCUAUUAUUCAAAAAUAUUUUUUCAGUAACUUUAUCUAUAUACGCUUUUAAUUCUAUUUAUUACUUGUACUCUUAAUCCCAAUACCAAAUAAUGUUUAAGUUUUAGACAAAUUAUUUUAUGUAAGGCUUCGAAAGCUCAACUUAUGUACUGUUUUUAUUUUAUACAUUCUCAACUAUAUUCUGAUGUACGCGUUAACUAUUUGAAUAUUAUGUUUAGUUAAAGGAUUUAUGCCCCUUCUCAAUUAUUGCCUUGCAAUUAUCUAUAAUACAACUUUUCUAUAAAUUGUUUGAAAAUAAAGUUAUGUAAAUAGUU